UUAAUGGUCAACUUAAUUAAUCAAUUGUUUAAACAUUAAAUUACUCAUUCAGUACUGUUAGUUGAGUCCUUUCAAGAACGUUCAUACAUACUUGCAUGUAAUGUACUUGUGGUGAAUCGAUUUGCCACACCACAAAGUGAAAAAAAGAAAAGGUCAACUUGUUAUUCUUUGUCGGGCUAUUAUACUACUCACUUUCUAUUCGUAUGCAUGUAGCUAUCGAGCUAUAUAUUGUAGUAGUUGAAAAUUUAAUUGGAAAGAAAACAACAGCCAAACAGAAGAAGAAGUAGAAGGAAAUCAAGAAAGCCGGGGAAGAAAACAGGGGAUUUUGUUGCACAAUGGCAGUAGAACCAAUUGAGAAUUUUGAAAUGGAAAGGAGAUUUGAAGGUGAUGAUUGUGAUGAUGCUAAAAAUAUGAGCAAAAAGAGCUUGAAUGAAUCAAAGAAAUUGUGGGAAAUAGCUGCUCCUGCAAUUAUCACGGCUGUUACUCAGUUCUCCAUUGGCUUUGUCAGUGUUGCAUUCGUUGGACAUCUUGGCUCUUUGGAGCUAGCUGCCAUAUCAGUUGUUCAGAAUGUCGUUGAAGGUUUUGUCUAUGGAAUUAUGCUAGGGAUGGGAAGUGCCCUUGAGACACUUUGUGGGCAAGCAGUUGGAGCAGGACAAUAUGAUAUGCUUGGUGUAAAUCUACAAAGAUCAUGUGUCAUUACUCUAGUGACAUCUCUGUUUUUGACACCAUUUUAUGUAUUCACAUCACCAAUACUGAAGCUCCUACACCAGGACAAGGAAAUUUCAGAAGUUGCAGGAAAGUACGCCAUUUGGGUGAUUCCUCAACUUUUUGCUUACGCGUUGAACUUUCCGGUUCAGAAGUUCCUACAAGCUCAAAGCAAAUUAUGGGUUAUGACAAUAAUGAAUAUUGUAGUAUUGGCAUUGCAUAUUGUGUUGAAUUGGGUGCUCGUAACAAAGCUCGGGCAUGGCCUUCUUGGUGCUGCCAUGGCGGGGAAUAUCUCGUGGUGGCUCGUGGUUUUAGCUCAGAUCAUCUAUGUUAUAUCUGGUUUUUUCCCUGAAUCCUGGACCGGACUUUCCAUGUUAGCUUUCAAAUCUCUAUGGAGUUUUGUUAAAUUGUCACUUGCAUCAGCUGUCAUGUUAUGCCUGGAGCUUUGGUAUUUUACUGUGGUGAUCCUCAUGGUUGGCUGGUUAAAAAAUCCAGAAAUUGCAGUAGAUGCUAUAUCAACCAGCUUGGAGUUGCAACUUUGGGUACUGAUGAUCACUCUAGGUUUCAAUGCAGCAAUCAGUGUACGUGUUUCCAAUGAACUUGGAGCUGGUCGUCCAAAAGCUGCAAAAUUCUCAGUAGUGGUUGCUGUAAUUACAUCAACUAUCGUUGGAGUUGUAUUUACAGUUGCAGUAAUUGCUACUAAGAACUAUUACCCGAGAUUGUUUUCUGAUAAACCUGAAGUCAUACAUGAGACAUCCAAGUUGUCAUACUUCUUGGCUGCUACUAUCUUCCUUAUGAGCAUCCAACCUAUACUUCAUGGGGUAGCAGUUGGAGCUGGAUGGCAAUAUUCAGUCGCGAUUAUAAACCUCGUUUGCUACUAUAUAGUUGGCCUUCCAUUGGGUGCCUGCCUUGGCUAUAUUGCUAAUCUAGGUGUUAAUGGAAUUUGGACCGGGAUGCUCGUUGGUACCCUGCUUCAAACGAUAGUUUUGGCGUUCAAAAUGUGGAAAGCUAAUUGGAGAACAGAGGCAAUUCACGCUGAAGAGCGCAUCAGAACAUAUGGCGACCAGCCUACUCAAGAUGGGAUUGAGCAAAUUGAUUCGCAUAGUACCUCGCCUAUGCCAGUAGUAACAUGACAGUAAGAGCAAAUGGGAAUAAACACAGGCCCUUAAAGUAGAGCAUACAAGAAAUGGAUAGGUAUAAUGUAGUAAAAACCGUUCCUAGUGGAAAAUUUUGCAUUAGAUUUGUUCAGGACUGCAAUAAUAAUUCGGUCACAAAUUGACCUGAUUGCAAGUCUUAUAUUUUCUUACUUACUUUAUACCUGGUGUUUAACCAACGUGAUGAGUGCUGCAAUGGCUCGAGACUCUAACCAUGAAGAUGCAAAGGAUUGUUUUGUUGCUUGUUGCGAUUUGAGGAGAAAAAAAAAAUGUUCACACUGUAGAUUUAGACUGUCAAAUUGUUUUACUUUCUGAAUAAAUUUUGCUUCAAUCUUUCA